AAAGGUGUGUAAUAUCCAUCCCAUAGACACAAUUUCAUGCACCGUUACAUUGUAUAAUUUUUGGACAAGGAGUUGCACGGUGGACAAUUGGACCUAAUGCAUCUCGGAAAAUUAGUGCGUCUGAUUUGUUUUUAGCUGGGGACUUCCGACCUUUUUUUCCGCGCAUCAGGACGUAAAACUAAGCGCUCUGGAGACUGGAGCGCACCGCCUCAAAUAGGAGUCUAUGACCCAUGCAGAGCAUACAAAGCCCGAAGUAGGCUACCACUCGCUGUCAGGACUACUGUUUGUGUUGAUGUCAUCGGCGGCCGUGUUCCGAACCGGAGCGACCCACAAUUUAUAGUCAGGAUUACUAGAAUAACAAAUAUAUAGCGUAUAAUAAUAGUCGUGUUUUUGGCCAACAGUGAAAAUGGGAGUUCUGGCGCACUGUGUUCUUUUUUUAAUAUUCCACCAUUUAACGUUAUCUUAUGAUUUUAAAGAAGGACUAUAUAACAGCGGUCAGUAUGAAUUUGUGAAAGAUCCCAGUUUGAAUAUCGAAAAGAGAUCACCAGAUUUAGAUUCUGAAUCAUCCGACCACAUUAGGAGCAGAAGAAGUGCGGAUCAAGGAGACUGUAACCGUCUCCAGGGAUUCGACACCGAGUUGACUAACAACACCCAAACCUAUUCCUUCAAUGACCUGAGUGGGUCCGUGUCACUGGCCUGGGUUGGAGACGCCACCGGGGUCAUCCUGGCUCUGACAACAUUCCAGGUGCCGUUCUUCAUGUUGAGAUUCGGUCAGUCUAAACUCUAUCGAAGUGAGAACUAUGGGAAGUCGUUCCAGGAUGUCACAAACCUCAUCAACAACACUUUCAUCCGGACAGAGUUUGGCAUCGCCAUCGGACCGGAGAACUCUGGGAAGGUGAUCCUGACAGGUGAUGUGUCUGGCAGCCUGGGCUCUCGUAUCUUUAUCUCCAGAGACUUUGGGAACAGCUUUGAGCAGCAGGAUCUUCCCUUCAACCCCCUGAUGCAGAUCACAUACAACCCCAGAGACGCCAACGUUCUCCUGGUCAUCAGCAACACUAAUGAACUCUGGCUGUCUGAGGACUUUGGAGAGAACUGGAGGAAGAUCCACGACAUGGUGUGUCUGGCCAAAUGGGGGAUGGACAGUAACAUAUUCUUUACCACCAACCUCAAUGGAUCCUGCAAUGAAAGGGGGAUGCUGGACUUGAGAAAGACGGCUGACUACGGGAAGACCAUCAAGACUGUUGCCAUUAAAAUCUUCUCCUUCGGCCUGGGCGGAAAGUUCCUGUUUGCUUCUGUUAUGACUGGAACUGGCACUCUGAGGAUGAUCCAUGUGUCGACUAACCAGGGGGAGGAGUGGAACAUGGCUCAGCUGCCUCCGGUUGGCCACGAGGAGUUCUAUUCUAUCUUGUCAGCCAAUGACGACAUGGUGUUCAUGCACGUGGAUGAACCAGGAGACACAGGCUAUGGCAGCAUCUACGUGUCAGACGACAGGGGUACAGUGUACUCUAAGUCUCUGGAUCGUCACCUCUACACCACCACAGGGGGAGACACUGACUUCACCAACGUUACCUCUCUACGAGGGGUCUUCAUCACCAGUAUACUGGCAGAGGAUGGCUCGGUGCAGUCUGUGGUGUCCUUCGACCAAGGAGGGGAAUGGGUACCGCUGCAGAAGCCUGCCAACACCAAGUGUGACUCCACAGCCAAAGACCCCGACAAGUGCAGUCUCCACAUCCACGCAGCCUACAGCACGGCUAUGAAGCUGAACGUCCCCAUGCUGCCUCUCAGUGAACCAAACGCUGUAGGACUCAUCAUGGCUCACGGGAGUGUGGGCGAUGCCAUCUCUGUGAUGAAGCCUGACGUAUUCGUGUCAGAUGAUGGGGGUUACACCUGGCUGCAGGCCCUGGAGGGACCUCACCACUAUGCCAUCCUGGACUCUGGUGGACUGCUGGUGGCCGUGGAGCACUCUGCUCAGCCCAUCAAAGACAUCAAGUUUUCCACAGACGAGGGCCAGUGCUGGCACGUUCACCAGUUCACUAGCGAUCCAAUCCACUUCACAGGGCUAGCGUCAGAGCCGGGGGCGAGGUCUAUGAACGUCAGUGUCUGGGGCUACAGAGACUCUCUGCUCAGUCAGUACUGGGUAUCAGUCACCAUCGACUUCAGAGAGCUGCUCACUAGAGACUGUGAGGACCAAGACUACGUGCAGUGGCUGGCGCACUCUGAUGACAUCAGCGACCCUAACGACGGCUGUAUGUUGGGUUAUAAGGAGAAGUUCCUGCGUCUGAGGAAGGCCUCUGUCUGCUUGAAAGGACGGGACUAUGAGGUCAACAAGCAACCCACCCCUUGCCCCUGCACCCUGGAUGACUUCCAAUGUGACUUUGGGUACUAUCGUAAAGAGAACAGCUCAGAGUGUGUGGAACAGCCGGACCUGAAGGGCCACGUUCUGGAGUUCUGUCUGCAAGGCAAGAAGGAGCUGCUGCAGACCAGAGGCUAUAGAAAGAUCCCUGGGGAUAAGUGUGAGGGAGGAACACAGCCAGAGAGAAAAGAGAUAGACCUCAGUAAGAGGUGUGUCAAUGACCUACUGGGACCUCAGGAACUACUGACGGACGGCCAUCUGUCCAGCUCAGCACCCAUCGUAGUGACGGUUCUAAUCAUUAUCCUGCUCAGUAUCGUAGCUGGGGUCCUCUUUGUCAAGAAGUACGUCUGCGGUGGAAGGUUCCUGGUACACAGGUACUCUGUCCUACAGCAGCAUGCUGAGGCCCAGGGAGACGGAGUAGAUGAGCCAUUAGACAGCAACCACACUCGGGCAAGCAACAAGAACGGCUUACACGAUUCAGACGAGGAUCUUCUGGAGUAACAGGUGGCAUUUUCAGCUACCAGGAGGACCUACUAGCCUCCUGUCUAUCCUUUACAACCUAGAAGCUCCUGCAGCUGCCAGGGGAAUCUAGUCUCCUGUCUAUCCUUCACAAACCAGAAGCUCCUGCAGCUACCAGGAGGAACUACCAGUCUAUCCUUCACAAACCAGAAGCUCCUGCAGCUACCAGGGGAAUCUAGUCUCCUGUCUGUCCUUAGGCUCACUGCUCUAUAUUGAAGAACAAGUUUGUCCUAUGUGUACAACGAGGCUCGCUGCUGCUCUCUCUCCUUCGCUUCCUGUUACUUCCUCCUUCUCCCCUCCACCAUGACCCUUUUAACUCUAACCCCUGACCUUACAUUGCCUGGUGGAGAGUCCUUGUAAUGCAGCUCUCAUCAGUGAGGUAUCCAAUGAGGCUUUCUGUUCUGAGUGAGACACACAUAGAGUUCAGCAGGAGAGCAAAGGGGGCUAGUAGUGUUGUGGUUGAUUUAGAAUUUCUUCUCCAUGUUCCUUUUCCGUUGGGAACAAUUGAGUGAUGGAAUGUGGUGGUUCUGGACCGCUGGUGAACAUUUAAAUAAUGGACCUCUGGAAUUGCUGUGUAGAAGCUGUUUUAUCAGCAUCAUCUUCUCUUAACAACAUAAAGCUAUCUUUUUCGACCAAGUGAACAUAAACAACAUGACAUUACAGGUUAUACAUGCUUGGGACUGGGGCUCUUGGGAAUAUUACGUAUACACUUCUAAUGAAGACUUUUCCUGUUUCUCCCUCCCCUCCCCUCCCCUGCACUGUACAUAAAGAGCUUUCCUUUUUCAUUGAUGUGACAGAGUCGGGAACAUGGUAAAUAGGUUGCUGUUGGGUACUGUGGCUUGGAAAUAUUAUUUGUAAGUAUUUUUGCCUAACUAAUAAGAUGCAAGUGGAAAUAUUUAUAAGCAUUUAAAGUUGGAUAGCAAUAACAUGUUUAGAUCCACUGUAUCAACACUAAGCUUUCAUAGCAGGCGUGAACGUCCUCUAAACUAGACUGAACUAAAGCGAUGUAUCCUAACCCGAGAAAUGUCUACCUGACUCGAAUUUUCACCUCCUAAAUCAUGCAUUGAUAUCAAUGGGGUAAUAGAAAUGUGUUGCGUGCAUGUAUCUCAAAUUAUGAUUUGGCUGUAUUUGAACAAUGUCCUUUUUGUAUCUGAAAACUGUUUUAGUUAGUACUUGGGAGAAAAUCUAGUGUACAAAUAGCUAUUGGCCUUACGCCUCCUCAUUUCUCAAUAAAAAUGAUACUUCUGUUUUAAUAUGUUAAGCUGUUUUUACACACGUGAAAGUAGAUCCAAAAGUGAAGGAAGGACAGUAGGAAUUAAUCACUGGACUACACAGGGCAACAACGUAAACACAGGAACUAAGAGCACAUUUGUAAAUGUAAGUACAUGGAUCUGGACAUUUUUUGAUGGAGCAGUUUGCAUAACAAUGUUGUAUGGAUGUGUAGCAGUUUUACACUGGCGUGCCUGUUUUCAGUAUGUGUAGAACCGACCUCCUAUGUACUGUAGCUCAUAUGACAUGAGCUAAUUCUACUGAAUCACAUUUUAUUAUGGUCACCACAUUACCCGAGAAGGUCAUUGACUUAGUUUCACAGAGACAGGAUCAUUCUAGCCUCGGAAGCCCAUUUGGGGGAAAUGUCUGUCUAGUAUGGGGGGUCUGUGCCUUCCCAAUGAGUGGUAAGUGUACGUACUGUCUAUAAUAGCUUCAAAGUGUGCAUCCCAAAUAGCACCUUAUUCUCUAUAUAGGGGACUACUAUUGACCAGGGCCCAUAGGAUGCACCCUAGAUAUCAGAUGUCUGUGUAACCACAGUUGCAUCCACUUUGUCAUUGACACCCCGUAGAUUGGACUUACUGUAAUUUAUGUGAAUAAGGAUUUCACCUGAAAUGAAACUCCCUUCAAUACCGACUACCCUUCUGUUCAGUACAACUGUUCUCUGAAUACUCUCCCAUCUAUAAAGCAAUAGGAAAUGGAAACAUGAACCAAUUUGAUUCCCUUGUCAUGCAAUACAACUUGAUUUGUCCACUGUGAAAUAGACAAAUGCAAUGUUUCAUCUGAUUUAUAAUCCAACCUAUACUUGGUGUUUGGUUUGUACAAAAACAUCUCUGCACUGGCACAGGACUAAAAUAAAUGUAGAUUGGCAUUAGAGCCAACACCUGUACUGUAGUUAACACUGGAAAGACACGUGUUCUGAAUUAUUCAUACCUAUUUAAUCAUGCUGGUUUUAUGUCUUUGAUUUGAGAGGUGAGACAUUUUAAAAUGGCUGUAUAAAGAAAUAAUUGUUGAAUCUUGGUGUUGGCUGUGUAUCUCUUGUUCUGUAUAUUUGAGACAAUUUUGCUUUGGGUUGACAACCAAUAAAUUAACUCGUCCCUUUGAAA